CUCAUUUCAUUAACAAAACAUGUAAUAAUUCAGUGAAUUUCAUACUUGUUUUUCAGAUCUACCCACCCAUCAAUGUGUUGCCCUCACUGUCCCGUCUGAUGAAGUCAGCCAUCGGUGAGGGGAUGACCAGGAAGGACCAUGCUGAUGUUUCUAACCAGCUGUAUGCCUGUUAUGCCAUUGGUAAAGACGUCCAGGCUAUGAAGGCUGUGGUUGGAGAAGAAGCCCUCACCUCUGAUGAUCUGCUCUACCUUGAGUUCCUACAGAAGUUUGAGAAGAAUUUCAUUGCUCAGGGCCCGUACGACAACAGGACAGUGUAUGAAACCCUGGACAUCGGCUGGCAGCUGCUGCGAAUCUUCCCCAAGGAGAUGCUCAAGAGGAUUCCUCAGAGCACCCUGGCUGAGUUUUACCCCAGGGAGUCUGCCGCCCGUCACUGAGGCACGCUGAGGGAUGCUCUGGUUCUAGCCCAACUCACCUUUCUACCCACCAUCCUUCUUUCUCUUUUAUUCCUUUCUUUCAUCUCAUCCUCCAGCCCUGCACUUGAAGGGGCCUGGAGACCCAUCCCAAACCUCACCUCUUCUUUCUCUACUCUUCUUACUACCUCCAGUUCAUCUUCUUCUCCAACACCACCCCCACUUCCCUACCCUGAAUGACCACAGGGCAAUAAUCUCCCCUUCUGUAGAUGUACUGUAGCGUAGAUGUGUCCAGACGGUGUAUAUGGAAAGUGUCGGUGGUUGUAAUGUCUACCCUUGAUUGCAAAAAUGUGAACAUAUCCUUGAAAUGAUAGAGUCCUUAUUUAUUGGGGUGUGUUACUGCUGGAUCUUCCUUUUCAUUUAAAAAAAAAAUGCUAUGUAAUAUCAAUCUUCCCACUAAAGAGUGGGAGAUAUAGGGUGGUUGUCAAAAUACCAAAUACCCUGAAAUACAGCCCCCCUGCAGCCAGGUUUUUAUUAAGACAGUCAGUAAUGUUAAUUCAACUUGAUUGUCAUUUUCUAAACUAAAAGGCAGGCUUACAGUGAAUAUUUGCUGAACACAAACUCAGAGCUUGAACAUCAUAAAUGUCACCUGAGGGUCGAGUGUUUAUCUUAUUUUGUCCACUCCCUCUGUAUUUGUUAAUAAUACGCAACUGCUAUAUUUUUUCAUGUCAGUGGUUUAUUUGGCUAUUGGUCAGAUUUCCAUGCUGAAGAAAGUAAACAGGCAAACUUGGGCCAGAUGUUUACUGUAUGUUACACCAGACUCUUUCCUCCCUCUUUUGGGCCCUCUUGCUUCCUCCACUGAUUCUGAAAAGUAUACAGUGGAUGUUAUCGUUAUUUGUGUUUUGCUGUUUGAUUUGUGUUGCGAAAGAUGAGUAUGUAAGAGUAUAUUAAACAUUCCCAUGUGUCUGCAAAAAUGAAUUCUUUGUUGUGCAACAAUAAUGGUUUUGUGAGUUUGUGUCCAUGAAUAAAUUAAAUUAUGAUUAUGC